AGACAUGCGCAGGAAGUAAUCCACGUCUGUCAACAAUGUUUCUACUACUGGGAAUGGACAAACUUUUUUUCAAUCGCUAUAUUAUCAGCUACUUAACAACACCCAGAACUUACUAGUUCAAACUUUUUUUUUCCAUUUCACGGCAUUUCCGCUAAAUUGAAUUUAUAACCUUCUGAAUUUAUAUUUUUGGAGUUUAGAAAUUGAGGUUUUUUUUUAUUGCUAGACAAUAGUAAAUAAUAGUUGUAUAAAUAAUAAAUUGCUAUCGAAACUAUGUGGUAACGUCUAAGUCUAAGUGAUAUUUAUGUGUGCAGUUUUCAAUGAUUAACAAAGCCUUUUGAAGUUUGAAAGUAGGUAAAAAAAAUGUCUUGGCUUGCAGCAGUAACAGGAAAAGCUGAAGAUUUUCUUAAUAAGCUUGAUAGAUCGGCAGCUGAUGUCCUACAUGUUGAUGAUACCAAAACUAAAGAGUGGUCUCCUCCUGACCCUACCAUAAUUCAGUCUACAUUGGAGACUUCAUCUACAGCUUCUUUAACUCCAUCACAGAGUGUACCAACACGCUUGUAUAAUAUCAAAAGUGAAUCAGAACAAGCAGUUGCCACUAGCCCACAUGUUAAGACUUCAAUACCGGCACAAGCCAUUGCCCCAUCUUCAGCAUCACAAACUUCUGGCAAGUCAGUAAAGAAAAAAAGUUCAGAUGAAGCCUUGUUUGAUUUUUUGAAUAGCAAAGAGUCAAGUGAAGCUGGUAAAAAAUUGCGUACACCUGCAAGCAGUCAUCAUCAUUCUCGCCAGUCGAGCACAUCUUCCAUUGUUUCAUCUAAAGGGGCCAAACCUGACAGUGGUACUGCUAAUGUUGCUGAAUCAACUACUGUCUUUACACCUGCAACUCAUGUAAAAUUGACAGGUAUAUUAUAAACUAUUUUAUUCCAGUUACUUAAAACAUACGGUUUAGUUAGAAAAUUGUAAGUAAUUUUAACUAAAGUAAUGUGUAAAAUGCACUACAUUGUCUACAUGCAACAUUUAUGUGUUUUGUAUACCUUGCAAAUGUUAUAAUUUCAUGUGCUAAAUGUAGUUUCUUGUAACUUGUUAUAAAGGGUCAGUAAUGACUAGCACAGAUGAUGACAGUGCUCGACAAGAUAGCCCCACAAACUCUCACAUUUCUGCUGAUUUGGAUGUCAUUGCUGAUGCUAUGAAGGAAAGUCCAGUGGGAAGUGAUCAAAGUGCCCCAGACAGUGACCAUGCUGACCUGAGUUUAGGACAGAAGGACAGGCAGCUGUCCUCAUUAGAACUCGAGAACAGAUUAUUACGAAAUGAAGUAACAUCCCUCAAUGAUGAAAUGGCCAGUGUUAUUACAAGAGCUAAAGAUGCUGAAACAGGCAAGAGUUUUUUUAAACAUUUGAUCAGUUUAUAAGAGUAUAGAAGUAUCCAGUAUUUGAGAACCAAUAUAUUGAUUCAUGGAUCAUAAUUUAAUUCAUAUUGUAUACUCUAGCUUUUGUAUGGGUAAAAUUUAAUGACAAAAAAUUUUUAUAUAUUUUUAGAAUUAAUGAGAGCCAAAGAAAAACUCAAGUCUCAUCUGAACUCUGCAUCUAUGCAUGACCAGUUGGUAAGGGAGCUACAAGCGCGUGAGCUAGAUCUGACAGAGGCAUUGAAAGCUAAAGAUGCUCAACUUGCUGUUCUUAGAGUGAGACUUGAUGAAGCUGACAAAAGAGUGAUGACCAAAGAAAAAACUCUUGAGGAAGUGAAGCUGGAACGAGAAAGGUGAAUGUGGCAUAAGAGAAAUAUUAUUUUCUGUUUUAUUUUAUAUGUUUUUUAAAUGUUGAUGAAAGAUAUAUUUAUUAGAUAUAUAAUUAUUCUCUAUUGUAUCUAUAUAGAAUCUUAAAAGAUCAUACAGACUCAAGUGGACUUCAUGGCCAAGCAUUAGACACCAUGAAAGACAAACUGGAGGAAGUAGAGGCAGCUCUCAGGAGAGAGCAAGCUGCUUAUAAACAAGCUCAGGUGGGUGUGGGUUGUCAGUUCCGUUUAGUCUUUUUUUUUAAUAAUCAUAUUAUAAGAGUAAUUAAUGGUUAGAAAAUUAAUCACUUAUACUAUGUCUUAUUAAAUUUUUGUAUACAGUUGGAAGCCAGUCAGCGACAAAGCAAAUUGGAACAGGAACAAAGGUCUAUGGCAGAGGCAUUGACAGCAGCAGAGAAAAAGGUGGCAGAGGAAAGGGGUAAAACAAAAUUUUACAUUUUAAAAAAAAAUUACAGUAGCAUAUGUUUUAUUUUGUUUUAUUAUCGUAAAGCUAUUUCCAAUUAUUUCUUUUUUCUUUUUAAGUUAAAAUUACAGAAUUAAGCAACCAGUUAAAGGCAUCUAAAGCUGGAGUAGAUUCUGCAAGGAAAGAACUCUCAGAGUAUAAGGAUAAAGCAACAAGAAUUCUACAGGUACUUUCAAAACCACUUAAUGAUAAUAAACCCAUGGCAUUGGUUGACAAUAUUUCAAAUUUAAGUAUUAAAAUUUUAAGGUUACUUGAGAUUAAUUGGCUUUUAAAAAUCAUUUUGCUAUGGAUUGAAAUAAUUUUAAAUAAAUUAAAAAUACUAAAUAAUAAAAAUGUUUUUAUCUUUAUACAGUCAAAAGAAAAACUUAUAGCCAGCCUAAGAGAUGGGGCUAGUCCAAUGGGGGAUAUGGGAGGUGUGUCUAUGCUGGAGCAUGAAUCUUUGAGGCAAGAGAGAGACAUGAUGAGGGAGGAGCUGCAGCAAGCAAAGUUGACAGUCGACAACCUGAGAGUGGAGCUUCAGGCAUGUCAAAGAUGUUUUCUGUUGCAUGGUGUUAUAAAUUUAAACAGUUCCACAAUGUUAAUAAAUAACUCAUUUAAAUUAUUUUUUUGCAGUUCUUCCAUCAUCAUAAUUACUUAUAUGCAAAUUGAGAUUUUAAUAAUAUUAAUAAAUAUUUAAUUUAGGAUUUGGAGAACCAGCUUCAACUUGAUAGUGACACAGCACAAGAAACCAUCAGGUCAUUGGAAGACUCUGUGAGGGAUGAAAAAAGACGAAGGGAAGAUGCAGAGCAGGAAUUGCUAAAACAGAAACAGGUUAAUUUUAUUUUUGAAAUAUACCAUAUGUAUGUGUAGACCAGGUGUUUGCACAUUAUCUCUUAAUUAAUUGAAUCAAAUUCUGAAACCCUUGAAAAAGAAUCAAUACGAUUUUAAUAAAUUAUUUUCAAUUUUUACGAAGUAUGAAAAUCUUUUCGCUGGUAUAAAAUUUAAAUAAUUAGUGGUGAAAUAAUGAUUCAUUUUUACAUUUUUUUACAGGAACUGCAGUAUACUUUGGAAGAGCUUCAUAAACAAAAGACAGUAUUCCAGUCUCGCAUCAGUGAUAGAGAAACAGAAAUUGAAAAAUUGCGAAAUCAGGUAGGUCAAAAUCAAAAUUGAAUCAUCCUUUCUAGUUUAGUUUUGUAAUAAGAAGUAAUGGGAGGGAUACAUAUCAAGCUACAUUAUAAGUCUUCAUUGUCGUAGGAACUGUGGAUGUUUUUACAUUGAUUUUUGUUAUAACUACUUGUUUGUAGUGAUUCACUAAGUCGUUGUGAGAUUUUAUUUUAAAAAAUCACUAAUCUAAAAACCGGUGAUAUAUAUUGGAAAAUAAAUAAUAAAAAAAUUAUUAAAACUUGUUAUUAUUAUUAUUUAAUACAGAAUUUUUUUCAACCUGAAUUAGUUAAUGCUGACACUCCAUUUAAGAAGUUAAGGACGGUAAAUAUAUUUCAGUGUCUUAAAGAUCUGUUUCAAUAUUUAGUUUAAAUGGGUUCUGUCUUUAUCAGCUGAUGACUAAGAGCAUGAGUAACAGUACAGAGAAUGAGCUUGAGUCAAGGGUGCGUUCUUUGACAGAAAGUUUAAUACAGAAGCAGACUGUGUUAGAAGCACUGAGUACAGAGAAAAACUCUUUAGUUUUACAGCUAGAGAGAAUGGAGGUAAGACGUUUACAUUACUCAAAGUAAAAUCAUCCUUUUUGUUUUAUAGAUUAUGUUCAUUGCAACUAAUAUGCAUACUCCAGCCUAGCGGUGAGCAACUUUUUAGUGCAGAGUGCCCCUUGGAAAUUAAUAUUUCUUUGGCAGACCAAAUGAUGAUUUGCUAGGAAUCUGGGUCUUCUUGUCUAAUCUAGACAAUAAAUUGGAAACCUAGAAGUGUGUUCUGAACUGGAUUUUUUAUUGUGUUUUUUUUUUGUGUGUAUGGAAUAGUUAUUGAUUGUGAGUUGGUGAAUAGUUUUGUAAGGGGAGUUGUAAUUAAUCGGAUGAUGCAAGGUCAAUAAACAAGUGAGUUGUUUCUGUGGGAACACAGGGUGGCGGUUAGUAUGUGGUGUUAUUAGUGUUAUAAUUGGUAUGUUGAGUUAUUGUUAGAGUGUUUCCAGGUAUGUCAAGUUCUGUUGAGGAUUAUGUUCGUUAUCUUUUUCUUUGGAUCUUUUUGCACCAUCAUACCAUUUUCUGUACUAUGAUAUCAUUUUCUGUACUAUGAAAUCAUUUUCUGUACUAUGAUAUCAUUUUCUGUACUAUGAUAUCAUUUUCUGUACUAUGAUAUCAUUUUCUGUACUAUGAUAUCAUUUUCUGUACUAUGAUAUCAUUUUCUGUACUAUGAUAUCAUUUUCUGUACUAUGAAAUCAUUUUCUGUACUAUGAUAUCAUUUUCUGUACUAUGAAAUCAUUUUCUGUACUAUGAUAUCAUCUUCUGUACAAUGAUAUCAUUUUCUGUAAUUUGUGUACAGAGAAGGAAAUCAGACAGUGUGUCAGAUUUUGUAAUAAGUAAGAAACCAUGUGUGGCAGAAAAACCCUGAGACAAUUUUAGCCAAUGAACUGCCUGUAAGAAUACAAGGGGAUUUCAUAACACAGUGGAAUAAUUUAAAAGUUUGUUGGGAUUAUUAUUAUUACAAUUUAACAAUUAGUUAUUGUAUUCAGUGAUUAUUAAUUUUCGAAGGCUUUCACAAUUUGUACAUUUUUUUAAAAACACUAGCUAAAUACACUUUCUAUGCUGUUAGAGAGAAUUACAAUUAUAGUAGGAUCUAGUUUUCUCGGUCUGUUCUUUCCAUGAUUCAGUAAGAUUAGAAGUCUGAAUCAGAACUUUUCUUAAUAAUGUCUUUGGAGCUUGGAUCACGCUGGGGGAUGUUGAUGCAGUAACCAACUUCUUCAUGGCAGAACAUAAGAUUUAAAAUCUUUAUGUGAGGACUGUGAUCAUGCAGGAUUUGUUUAAGCUGACAAUCAAAAUAUGUUUCUGAUCCUCAGCCAUUCCUUAAUCCACCCCAGCCAUAUUAAGAGACUGCCCUUUAGCUUUAUUUAAUUAUCAUUGCGAAGCAGACUUUGACAGGAAACUCUAGUCUCUUAAACUGGAAGUGGUAGUUAUGAUUAAAGUGUGAAGGAACUCUACUGGGUAAUGAGCCAUGUCCUCUAACUUAGUCCACAGGCUGAUAUCUCAGCAGGAAGUUGAUCAAAUAAAGAAAUACUGAUGGUUCCGUCCUAAUUUCACCGUUAAAUCCCAGCUCGGCCCCAGGGUGAUUUUUGACAACUCUUGACAUAAUGUCACCAAUGCCACUGAUCUUUCAUUUCUCUUACGUGCCUAGAAAGCUGCACCUUAUUCCUCCUUCAACUGGUCUUACUUUAGUGUGAAUUAAUUAAUGUUUAUACUUUAUUAAUAUUUGAUUUACCAUAGACACCUUUAAAAAUGCCAAAUACAGACACUUUUAGGCCACUUAAAAUAAAAGAUUGAUUUAACACACAAAUAAUUGUCAUUGCACACCUUGAGUAUAAGAGGAAUCAAUAAGAGGUGGAAAAAUUCAACCCCAUGGGGCAUGUAGUUCCAGUGAUCAGUGAGUGGGUUGUAUUUGGCUUUUAUUUAUAUAUAUAUAUUUAUAUAUAUAUAUUUAUAUUUNAUAUAUAUAUAUAUAUAUGUAUAUAUAUAUAUAUGUAUAUAUAUAUGUGUGUGUAUAUAUAUAUAUAUAUAUAUAUAUGUAUAUGUAUAUAUAUGUAUAUGUAUAUAAAGAGAGAGAGAGAGAGAUAGAUUGAUCCACUUCCCAGAGGGUAUUGCUGGCUGCAUUAAAUGUUUCAGCCAGCCAAAAAUGGCCUGUGGGCCAUAGGUUGCCCACCCCUGCUAAAGCCUCACCAUUGUGCCCCAUAUACACACAUUAGAGAUAAUUAAUAAUUUUAGUUGAUAAACAAUUUUUUUUUCUUUUUUAAUUUUUGUUUAAGAGAUUGCUUCAUUGUUGUUUUUUAAGAUAUUCUCUUUCUAAUAGGUAGUCAGAAAUAUUUAAGUAUAUAAUUAGAUAAUAGACCUUUAGGCAUGAGGAGUAGGGUGGGAGAUGAAGAGGGCUUCCACCAAUGUUUUAUAAUAAAUUUGUAAAUUAUGUUUGUGUCGAUGAUGCAAUAUUGGGAGUUCAUCCCACAUCCCAUUUAGUCAAUGUCCAGUGUAGGUUAUAGAAAGAGGUGAUGUGGACUGUGUUAUUUAGAUUUUUUCAGACUGAAAUAACGGUUCUUAAAAUAAUUUCUUUUAAAAAAAUGUUAACAUAUUUCACUGGUUAAUUUUAACUUAAUGUAAAAAAUCACCUACUUGGGAUAUCUGUGUCAGUCAGGUGCAUGUACUUGAUACAAAUGUAUUUGGGAUAUUUAACUAGGAUUUGAGCCUGAGAACUUUGCCUCAGCAAUAUGCCUGAAAUAAAUCCUCAGUGAGAACAUGGCUGAACAUUGCUAUCUCUUUGGUCCCUUUCCUGUUUGUUUCUGUUAUUAGUUGCAAUGUGUUUGGUGUGUACAGAAAUUUACUUUUAUACUUUUGACCUAUCUCCCUUUUGAGACCUUUCUUUUAAUGGACAAGAAUUACAAAUUUUCUUCUGUUUGGUCACUUCAAUUUUAUCAUUUAUUUUUUUCAGCACCAGUACAGAGAGCUAGAAAAUGCCAUCCCCCGUGUUGCAUCUAGCACACAGUUGGUGGCGGUAAAUGAUCAUGAUGAUGAUGGUAGGUUUAUUUCAUAAGAUCUUUAACCUCUUGUGAUGGCUGGACCAAUCCAUCGGCCCAGAGGGAGGUGGUAAGAAAGGCAUUUUAUAGCAUUUGUUUGAUACCUAUUAUUGACCCCUAUAAAUGCUACUUAAAAAAUAUGUGACCUAAAAAUAUGCCAAAAGGCAUAAGCACCUACAUUGGAAUAUUUGAUGCAGUUUUUCCACCAUGAAUCUCAUUCAAGUGUUUGUUAGGACUUAUUUAGGCUUCAACAAUCAGAAGAAAAUUUUGCAAGGAAGACAGUUUAUUCUAAGUGUAAAAAAAAAAAAUUGCAUGCAUACAUUAUGCAAAUCAGGAUAUCUCCUUUGCAUACAUGCUGCAAAGUAAGUACAGGGCUUGUGAAAAAGGCUCCGUCUUCUUGGCACCAACAGUCCAAAAAAGCUGCGUGUCAAGAAGGUUAAAUAAAUUGAAUUUACCUAAUUUUUAAAAAAUGAGAUUUUGAGAAAUGAAACGAUGCAUAUUAAAUAUAGUUAUAAUUAAUACAUUUUAGACUGAAAACACUUUGUGGGUGUAAUAAUUUAUUUUUAAAUGAUUUAUUUCAACAACAGUAAGGCAAAGACUACCCAUGUUCCUAAGGGAAGUUGCUACUGACCAUGAAGUUACAAGAAGAAUGAAAAGAGCAGCAAAUUCAAUUGAUGGAGUUAGGUAAAAGAGAAAGAAAUGUGUAUUUUUGUGACAAACGCUAUUUCUAUAAACAUAUUUUCACAUCUACAUGGCAUUAGUUUUCCUUUUUUUCUUUUUUUUUUCAGCAUACGACUAGGUGUCUUUCUCCGCAGGUAUCCAAUGGCCAGAGUUUUUGUAAUAGUAUAUAUGGUAAGUCAUUUUGUUGGGGGGUCUUUAUCAAAUAAAUUUAUUUGAAGAAUGAUUGUAUUUUCAGUGUACAUUAAACUUAAACAGAGUGCCCAAAGCUAGUCAUACUUCUAGUUCUAUAGUUCCAUUACUCAAAUUGUCUUUUAUAAGUAUUUAAAUGCAAUGCUGUUCAAUCAUUUUUGAAAGAAGUAAAAACACUACUUUUAACAUUAACAAAUGAUAUCCUGGUGAUAAUCAGUUACUUGCUGUUAAAGGUUAAUAUAGUCAUUGUUAGACUCUACGCUAUAAGCUGGUCUUGUUAUCAACUUUAGUUCUUUUUAUUUAAAAAAAAAAAAUUGCCAUUAGAUAAAUUUACUGCCACCAGUACUACUUUUUUUAGCUGAAUAUAAAAUAAGGUCACUUUCAAUUCAGGCACUGCUGCAUUUUUGGGUACUGGUUGUCAUGAUGACAUAUCAGCCAGAGGUUCAUGGCACAGACUAUCAACCUAAGCCACCAGACCCUUGAUGUGCUGUGCUGCUUGGUGUUCUUGUAAAUAAAAUGUUAUCUGAAUACAUGUAUAUAAUAAACUGGUGUGUGUGUGUAAAUGUACAUAUUUUAACGACAUAUUUAAAAAUGAUUGUAUAAAGAAUGAUUGGGAAGGCCCUGACAUUAUUUGCUUACCCAGUUAGCUAUUGAGUUAUGGUUUUAAUAUCUUUCUACUUGAAAAAGAACAAUUAAAUCAAUCUUUGUGACAGUGAUGUAUUUAGGCUUCUGUUGAAAUUUUUUAUAUGUAUAUAUAUUAUUAUUUUUUGUUUUUUUAAAGUGUUAUUUUAUAUAAAACUGACAGAACUUGAGUUCUAUUCCAACAUUUCAUCUCCUGUACAUCCUAAUAUAUAUAUUUCACAGAUUGAUUUAUUGUAAUGACUUUGGCAUGGAAGCUUACCGAAUUGGCCAGGAAAUUUCCCAUAAUAAGCUUAGCGUCAAUUUAAAUUUAAAUUUUGUCUUAUUGAUGAUUGCCAUUGUACAAUCAUAGACCUAUGGUUGUAAACAAGUGCAUUUCAUUAACUAAGGUUGAGCUUGUAAUGAAUAGCCUUGAGAAGGCCUGUAAUGCAACUAUUUUUUACUUUAUUGCUAAUUAGCAAUAUUUAUAACAAAAGUUGAAGGGAACAGGUUUAAUUAUUAUUUUUACGAACCAUUAAACAUUUUGGUCAGGAAGUUUAAGUUAUGAAUGAAAAAUGAUUGCUUGCAAAAAUAUAUUUACACUGCAUAUAUUUUAUUUUAACAGAGCAGUUAUUCAAUAACUGAAAUUUUGCAUUAUCAAACUUUCUUUUAAUUAGUGACUCAUUGUUUCAUUUUGUGUUGGCCUUUACAGAUCUCUAGCAAAAUAUAUCUUUUAGGAAAUGUCUUUUAAAUAUGGAUUUAAAUGUAAACCAGAUUGUUUCCAUAGGCUAUUAUCAGAGGCAUAGCUAAGUGGGGCAGAGGGGAACAGAUGUCCCUGGGCACCAGACUAGCUGGGGUGCCAAAAUGUGCUUUGAUAUUAUUUUAUUGAUGAAAAUAAUGGGUUUGGGAUUUGAAAAAAAAAAGAAAGGCUCUUUAAAAUGAAUCUUGUCCCCGGGGGCCAAACACUCUAGCCACGCCUCCGACUGUUAUUAUCUGUAAAGAUUUAAACAUAUUUAUUAAUCCAUGAAUUUUAAAAGAGCAGUUGCUAAUUAUGAAUAAAGCAUUUAAAAUUGAAUUUUUUAUAGUAAAUAUCACACAAUUGUAUUGAUCUGUUGUCUUUCAUAAUUUACACAUUUAUAAUAAAUCAUUUGUCUUAUAGUUCCAUUUCUGUUUUACAUUUAUAAGUAAAAUUUCUUUAAAUCAGUGGAAAUCAUUUUCAAAGUUUUCAGCUGUUGGUAGCCAAUUUAGCUUGAAGUGUUAAAAAUAUUUGACAUGUCUAUUAAUCCAAUUUUUUUCUGAAUUCAGCUACAUUGCAUUUAGAAAUCUCUCAUGGUACCAGACAACUAAACAUUCACAUUGGACAAAAAAUAAAAACAAAUUUAUCUGAAAGCAAGAGAUAAAUUGUAUGUCUUAAAAUCUUGGUGUUUGUGAUGAAAUAAUGUUAAUAUCACUUAAUGUCCCAAAGUUUUAAUUAUAUGACAUUUAUGUGAAUUGAUCAUAAAGAAAACUUUAUGAAUAGUCGCUGAUAUAAAAAGAAAUUUUGCUUUAAUUUUAAGGCUUGAAAUUAAGCUGUGCCAUGUAAGUUAUACAUUUACGAUGUAAAUACUGAUUAAUUUCUGAAGGAUUUUCUAUGUGAUUCAUAAUGACUGGUUUGUAAGUAG